AUGUUCCUCACCAUGGUUCUUCUGAGGAAAGGCAUUCCUGGAAAGCAGUGGAUUGGGAAGUACCGGCGUCCCAGGGCCAUCACGUGGCAGAUGAAGCGCAACAUGAUUGUGCAUUUGGAGCGUGAGGCAGAAAACGAGUACUGGAUCAGCCGGCCAUACAUGACACCCGAGCAGGAAUGUGGCCAUGCUGCGGAACGCCGUGCCCAGUCUUGGUCCAAAAUCAAGGAGAACAAAUUUGUCAAGUUCCCAGAGCACAAGUACAUAGCAGACCACCUCAGUCACCUCAACACAACCAAGACUUGGUCCAGUUAGUGAGAAGAUGCAUUGACUGUGGUCAUUUUGGAACUUUCUGUGGAGUUAUUUAAACUUUCAUGGUCAUGUUUGUAUAUUAUUUGUGAUCUUGAUAAAGUUUUGUCGAUAAACUUUA